AUGUCUGCUGAAAUUCAGAAUGAGUGCCUUCAGGUGAUGUCCUUGAACAUCCUUCGCGAAAUUUGCAGCAGCAUGUCGAAGAAUGGCUUCUACACCAUCACGGCUGACGAAUGCACAGAUGUGUCUAAUAAAGAGCAGUUUACAAUCUGCAUUAGAUGGGUGGAUGAAAAGUUGGUUGACCAUGAGGAUAUGAUUGGUCUGUACAAUGUGGAUGCCAUCGAUGCUAUUUGUCUGGUUGCAGCUAUUCGAGAUGUGCUUUUACGUACAGGCUUGAAGUUAUCACACUGCCGGGGGCAAUGUUACGAUGGUACUUCAAACAUGACAGGAAGUAGAUCUGGUGUUGCAACUCAACUCCAGGCUGAGGAAAGUCGAGCUGUGCUCAUCCACUGCUAUGGGCAUUUACUAAAUCUGGCAAUAGGAGACACAGUGAAGCAAUCGAAGGUGUGCAGAGAUGCUUUGGAUGUUGCAUUUGAAAUCAGUAAGCUGAUUCGAUUUUCACCUAAGAGGAAUUUGGCACUUGACUGCAUAAGGGUGGAAAACCCAACAGAUAACAAAGGACUGAAUGUGGGAAUCAGCGUUUUGUCCUACUAG